AUGACUGCUAAGGUUACCACUUCUCCUAAUUUGAAUACUGGUUCAAACAGUCUACCAACUACUUCACUCUCCAAGCCGAAUACGGAUACUCAUUCUAGACAGCCUGCAAUCCAAUCGACUACUACUCUAUCCUCGUCCACAAAAUCAAAAUUUAUCGUUGGCUCUCAUAAAAGUGUAUCCUCCAAGUUGUCAUCAGUGCCGGUGCGGAAGCAUAUUGAUAUCUUUGUCUCAAGACUUGAGCCAUGUGUAACGACCACUAUGCUUGAAUCUGAAUUGUUCAAUAGCUACUCAGAUGUGACCAUAAAUAAAUUAGUGACAAAACACCCAUCAUAUUCUUCAUUCCAUGUGCGCCUGCCUGCGGAGAAGCUUGAUGAUGUCCUCGAACCUACAUUCUGGCCUGAUGGCGCUGUCGAAAAGCACAUCCAAGUUGAUGUUAUUUACACAGACUUUACUAAAGCCUUCGAUAGAGUCGACCAUGGCCGCUUAAUCGAGACCCUAUACAAAACUGGGUUCGGUGAACCAUUGUUGUCUUGGUUCAAAUCUUAUUUGUCAGACAGAGUCCAGUGGGUAAAAGUGUUCGGAUGCAAAUCAUCCAUCUCAAAGGUUUCUUCUGGUGUUCCUCAAGGAGGACAUUUAUCUCCAAUAUUGUUUUCUUUGUAUGUAAAUGGCAUCAAAGAAAUGGUCGAAAACUGUGAACUACUCAUGUUUGCCGACGACUUGAAGCUCUUUAGGAAAAUUGAAAACUUAUCUGACUGCUCUAUGCUCAAAAUGAUCUCAACAACCUAG